ACUUCCUUGAUAUUUUUUCAGUAUAAAAAAAGCUCAUAGAAACCAAAAUGGCCUGAGAGAUACAGGCCCCACAGCCUCUCCUCUCAGCUGAGACAACACACGAACACAACCUGUCACCUAUCUGUCACCCCCCCCCCCCUUCCUUUUGCCGCUCCGCCUGAGCCCUGCUGAUCCCACUAUCUCUGUCAGUCAGCUCUACACACCUCCAGCCAUAACCCUUCCGCACCUGUCACUCACCCGAGCAGGCGUGGCUUGGCGGGGAAGAAGGCGGAGUUUGAUCGUUCUUGGGGGCGUUUCCUGGACCUGAGUGUGGAAGAACUGCAGCAGUGCGAGUGACGGGCACAGAGAGAGUAGAGAGGGGGCUCGGCAAGGGGAAGGGUGCAGUUUCCCCAUCGCAGCCUUCAUUAUAUUUAUUCACAGUAUAUUUAUUUUUUCAUAUAGGCACAGAGUGUAUAUAUAUAUAUAGCUAUAUUUAUUCAUAGAGUAUAGUGCGGAGAGUGGCAAUCAUGGCACAGCCAGAUAGGAAGCUUUUCGAGAAUCUGUCCGGGAAGGGCAAAGCCAUCGGGGUGCUGACCAGCGGAGGAGAUGCCCAAGGUAUGAACGCAGCUGUGCGCGCCGUAGUGCGAAUGGGCAUCUACGUACAAGCCAAAGUGUACUUCAUUUAUGAGGGCUACCAAGGAAUGGUGGAUGGCGGAGACAACAUUGAGGAAGUGUCAUGGGAAAGCGUUUCUAGCAUCUUGCAAGUGGGUGGGACCGUCAUUGGUAGUGCGCGUUGCAAGGCAUUCCGGACUCGCGAAGGACGUUUGCAGGCAGCUUAUAACCUUGUUCAACGUGGAAUUACCAAUCUGUGUGUUAUUGGCGGUGAUGGCAGUCUGACAGGUGCUAACCUGUUCCGUGAGGAAUGGAGCGGGCUUCUUGAUGAACUAAUGCAAAAUGGAAAAAUUGAGGCAGAAGCAACCAGGGAAUAUGCCCAUCUGAACAUUGUAGGAAUGGUGGGAUCUAUAGAUAAUGAUUUCUGUGGAACUGAUAUGACCAUUGGGACCGACUCUGCACUGCAUAGGAUUAUUGAAGUGGUUGAUGCUAUCAUGACCACAGCUCAGAGCCACCAGAGGACCUUUGUGCUGGAAGUUAUGGGAAGACACUGUGGGUACCUCGCUCUGGUCAGUGCCUUAGCUUGUGGGGCAGACUGGGUGUUUAUCCCUGAAUACCCUCCGGAAGAGGGAUGGGAAGACAUGAUGUGCAACAAACUGUCUGAGAAUCGUGCAAGGAAGAAAAGGCUUAAUAUCAUCAUUGUAUCAGAAGGAGCCAUCGACUGCCAUAAUAAGGCAAUCACGUCAGACAUGGUUAAGGAUCUUGUUGUGAAACGCCUGGGGUUUGACACCCGUGUUACAAUAUUGGGCCAUGUCCAAAGAGGUGGAACCCCAUCAGCUUUUGACAGGAUUCUGGCAAGUCGAAUGGGAGUGGACUGUGUGUUGGCCCUGCUUGAAGCUACGCCAGAAACGCCAGCCUGUGUUGUGUCGUUAUGUGGAAACCAAGCUGUGCGACUGCCCCUUAUGGAAUGUGUUCAGAUGACCCAGGAAGUGCAGAAGGCCAUGGAUGAAAGAAGAUUUGAUGAUGCUGUAAGGUUACGGGGAAGGAGCUUUGAAAAUAACCUAAACACUUACAAGCUGCUCUCCCAUAAGAAAAAUGUAGCAGACCUUCCAAAGAGUAAUUUCACCGUGGCCGUUCUGAAUGUGGGGGCACCGGCUGCGGGCAUGAACGCUGCAGUCAGAUCUGCGGUGAGAGUAGGAAUAACAGAAGGCCACAAAAUGCUAGCCGUCAAUGAUGGUUUUGAAGGAUUCGCCAAGGGGCAGAUUAAAGACAUAAAAUGGGGAGAUGUUGGUGGCUGGACUGGUCAAGGUGGAUCUCUUCUGGGAACAAAGAGGACCCUUCCUGCUAAAUACUUUGACAAAAUUGCAGAGCAAAUCCGAACGCAUAAAAUUAACGCUCUCCUUGUCAUUGGUGGAUUUGAGGCCUACUUGGGACUGAUGGAAAUGGUUGAGGGCCGAGGGAAGUAUGAUGAGUUCUGUAUCCCUAUGGUCAUGGUUCCCGCUACUGUCUCCAACAAUGUGCCCGGCUCAGAUUUCAGCAUUGGUGCAGAUACAGCUCUGAACACUAUAACCGAUACGUGUGAUCGCAUCAAACAGUCAGCGAGUGGAACCAAACGGCGGGUCUUCAUCAUUGAAACCAUGGGUGGCUACUGCGGCUACUUGGCUAACAUGGGCGGCCUCGCGGCCGGUGCAGAUGCGGCGUACAUCUUUGAAGAAUCCUUUGAUAUUCGGGAGCUCCAGGCAAAUGUGGAACAUUUAACAGAGAAGAUGAAAACAAGCAUCCAAAGAGGUCUGGUACUGAGGCCUCGCCUAUUCAUAGAUCAGCCUCCCAUUCAAACCACUCCCCGGUUGUUAAGAAAUGAGAACAGCAAUGAGAACUACACGACAGAUUUCAUUUAUCAGCUUUACUCGGAGGAAGGCAGAGGCGUGUUUGACUGCAGAAAGAAUGUAUUGGGCCACAUGCAGCAGGGUGGCGCUCCUUCCCCGUUCGACAGAAACUUCGGCACUAAAAUUUCUGCCAAAGCCGUCCAGUGGAUUUCCAAGAAGUUAAAAGAAACCUACAGGAAAGAUGAAGGCAGGGUAUUCGCCAACACGGACGACAGCGUUUGCCUGUUAGGAAUGCGCAGGAGGAACCUUCUUUUCCAGCCAGUUACACAACUCAAGGACGAAACAGACUUCAAGCACAGGAUUCCCAAGGAACAGUGGUGGCUGAAGAUGAGGCCUUUGAUGAAGAUUCUGGCCAAGUACAAGACAAGCUACGACAUUUCAGACGCCGGGAAGCUGGAACACGUGAACAUGUGCAGACGGAAAGAUGAAACGGGACCCAUCUGAACUUCAUGCCCAAACCUAUUGUUAUCGCCUAUCUACAUUGUGUGCUGUAGCGCCAUAGUCUGUCACUUGCCUAUUGCUAUUUAUUGCUCCAGCACUUUCUGUCCAUCCGGUUUCCAUUGCGAGGCCCGCGCAGCCCCAGUACCAUCUAUACAUAUCUCUCCAGCCCAGGCCCGCGCAGCCCCAGUACCAUCUAUACGUAUCUCUCCAGCCCAGGCCUGCGCAGCCCCAGUACCAUCUAUACGUAUCUCUCCAGCCCAGGCCCGCGCAGCCCCAGUACCAUCUAUACAUAUCUCUCCAGCCCAGGCCCGCGCAGCCCCAGUACCAUCUAUACAUAUCUCUCCAGCCCAGGCCCGCGCAGCCCCAGUACCAUCUAUACGUAUCUCUCCAGCCCAGGCCCACGCAGCCCCAGUACCAUCUAUACGUAUCUCUCCAGCCCAGGCCCGCGCAGCCCCAGUACCAUCUAUACGUAUCUCUCCAGCCCAGGCCUGCGCAGCCCCAGUACCAUCUAUACAUAUCUCUCCAGCCCAGGCCUGCGCAGCCCCAGUACCAUCUAUACGUAUCUCUCCAGCCCAGGCCCGCGCAGCCCCAGUACCAUCUAUACAUAUGUGUAAAUGCCACACCCACCUGUAUUCCAACCCAUUUUACUCCGGCUCCAAUAUUCCACAUAUUGCCUUUAUGAGUAAAAUGGGACAACAAAAAACCCCCAACAUUUGGAAACGUUCCUGCUGCGUAGUUGAGUUCUGCUUCUAUUCCACUUUGUACCAGAGACGUAAUGAUUCCACACGUACAAUCAAUGUGCAAUGUUUGGAUUUUUGUUUUUUUAGUGACAAGUUAUAUAUGUUGGUGUAAAAUCACAAAAAUAAAAAAAAAAACUCGCAAACCAAA